AUGUUUAUGGUCUCCUUCGAUGUUGAAAGCCUCUUCACCAACAUACCUCUAGAUGAUUGUAUUAACCUUGCCGUCAAAUAUAUUACUGAGGGUAAUCCAGGGUUGAAACUUAGUAAAAAUGAGCUUAAAAGGCUGUUUGAGUUUGCUACCAAGGAAACCCACUUCCUGUUCAAAAGUAACUUCUAUGAUCAGGUGGAUGGUGUAGCCAUAGGGUCCCCCCUUGCCCCUGUUCUCGCCAAUCUCUUUAUGGGUCACCAUGAGAAUAUAUGGUUGGAUCAAUACGGGGAUUCAGAGGUGUUAUUCUAUCGUCGCUACGUAGACGAUACAUUUUGCCUUUUCCACUCUGAACGGGAUGCAACCCUUUUCUUCAAUUACAUCAACAAACAACACCCCAAUAUACGCUUUACAAUGGAGCGGGAAACUGACCAUGUUUUACCUUUCCUAGAUGUUCUAAUCAACAACACUGACCCACACCACCGUUUACCGGAAAAAGACUUUUACAGGUCUGCUCACCAGUUAUCUGAGUUUUUGCCCCUUUAUCUACAAAUUGGGGUUAAUCAAAACCUUGAUUCAUAGAACUUUUAAGAUAAACAACACUUGGAUGGGGUUCCAUACUGACCCUCAAAAAUUGUCUGUCAUUCUGCGGACGAAUCUCUUCCCUGAGAACCUUAUGAACAAAUAUAUUUCUAAAUAUAUCCAGACAGCAGUCAAGGGAGGGAAAACACAGCCCUAUUCAGGAGUCGAGCCCCAGGAAACACCUAAGUUCUUCUUUAAAAUCCUUUACGUUGGGCACUUCUCAUUCACGGCACAGAGGACUAGUAACUAGUCAUAUGUUUUAAGUUUCGCACAGACAUUUUAUCUAUUCUUUGUCUAGUUGAAAGACGCGUUGCAAGAGAAUUUAGAGCUCAACUGAUUAAUUUAAGUCAUCGAACUUUGUUUGCCCAGGAUUAAAUCGAGUGAUGACACUACGCACGCUGUGGUCUAUAAAUUUCUGUGUGCAAGUUGUAAUGCUUGUUAUGUUGGUGAAACCAGCUGA